AUGAAGUACCUUACCCAGUUGAUGGUUCGGAUGCGCUUGCAUCGUCGUCGCUCGCGUCACUUGGCGAUAGUGGCCACCGUUGCAGCUUCCUUGUUGGUGCUCUUGUUCUUUCUCUUUAGUCCUCACGAGUCGACUGGCGGACUAGUCUCCAACCCAGAGCAUGAUUGUGGGUGGCUCCCUUCAUUCUUCUGCUCACCAGUCCGCUGGUUCUCGCCUAAGCCUGUCAGUGAAAGGCCAGUUGUGCCUUACAAGGCUGUCAAUUCGGGCUCUUCUUCGACACCUCUUCCUAAUCCUCACCAAGACAAAAUCGACUUCAUUCAAAGCACUUACAACGGAGCACGGGCUAAAAGAUUGCUGCUAGGUCACGCAUACUACGACAAGAUCAUGAAAGUCAUCGUUGAGGCUAAGCCCAUGUGCAAGAAGUUGGAAAAGUAUAAGGACGGCCACAUACUGGCCAUUCGUAUGGAAUAUCCGAACUCGGGCAAUGUCUUCACGGAAAAGUAUCUCUCGCAGUAUUUGCAGUUGGACGAAUCUGAGCUCAGCCUGAUGGUUGACUCUCACAAGUUCGCCCACGAUAACCUCCCUGACUCCUACCCGGAGGGACUUUAUCGUGGUGAUGGUAUUGUCUACGUUGGAGGUGGGCGUUUCAACUGGUUGGCGCUUCUUUCCGUUAGAUCCUUGAGAGCUCAAGGCUGCCAGUUACCUGUGGAGGUGUUUGUCCCCACUUUGGAGGAAUUCGAGCUCGAACUCUGUUCACGGAUCUUCCCAGUGAUGAACGUAAGAUGUGUGCUCUUGCCUACUGCACUUUUCGGCGAGAACCUGCCUUACUCCAAACAGUUCAAGUUCCUGGGCUACCAGUACAAGUCCUUGGCUAUCAUGCUUUCCAGUUUCGAGAACGUUCUCUUGUUGGACAGUGACAAUGUGCCAACAUACUCUCCUGACCAUCUCUUCACAAAAGAACCAUUUAUCUCCACGGGACUCAUUGUGUGGCCCGACUUUUGGCACCGCACAACCUCUCCUGACUACUACACUAUUGCUGGAUGUCUGGUUAGCAAGACCAAGUUGCAUCCAGCAUAUAACGAGCGUGCUGGAGAGUUUAUUGAGAGGGAAACUACUGGCGACGUCGAUUGGGAAAAUAUUCUGUUCCACGACCGUCUCGGAACGAUACCGGACCCCUCUUCGGAGUCUGGUCAGUUGAUGAUCUCUAAAAAGACACACAUGAGGGCACUUCUUCUUGCUCUUUAUUACAAUAUGUAUGGACCGGGUUACUACUACCCACUCUUCUCCCAGGGAGCGCACGGAGAAGGUGACAAAGAAACAUUCUUGGCCGCUACCAUCUCCACCAACAAACCAUACUACCAGGUUGCGAAGUUCUUGGAUGCAUUGGGAAAUAUUAAAGACGGCAAUUUCAACGGAAACGGUAUGGGCCAGUAUGAUCCAGUGAUGGACUACGAAUGGAACCUUGAGAAAGACAAGCUACGCAAAAAGCUUUCUGGUCAGGAGUACGAAGAUGCUGUGGCCAAGCUUACGAGCCCCAAGAUUCUAUUCGUGCAUGCCAACUUUCCCAAGCUCGACCCUUGGAAGUUGUUCUUGGAUCAAGAUACGGUCAAUGAAAAAGGCGAGAGAUACCGGUUAUAUGGACUCGGAAUGAAAGUAAGGGCAGGAACAGACUUUGAGCAAGAUCAAUGGAACUACAUGUACCUUCUCCUAUGUGAUUUGGAGCUCAAAAUCGAGCAUUUUAAAAGUAUUGACCGCAAAGCACUUUGUCUGGAGAUAAAGGCGCACAGGGACUGGCUUGUAUCGACAGAAGACAGUCUAGAGAAGACUCAAUAG